CAAAUUCGCUUCAGACAUCAUUUCGCCAUGUGCAUGACUCCAUUUUUUAACACCGGAUCAUUUACGCCAAACUUUCUGAUAGAGUACAUUGAGCUUCAAAGGCGUUUAGGUAUCACACUUCUGGCAUUAUAUCUGGCGGAACAGCCAACUGCCGGUGUAAAGAAGGUGAUUGAGAGCUAUCGAAAUCAACCGUCACUAAUGCCUGGUGAGAUGAUUGAAAUUCGUACAGUUCCAUGGAAUCUUCCAGUUCCAAAUCCCUCGGAAACCACUUGGUACUACGAUCAAGUGCUCAGUUUUAACGACUGUCUUCACCGUCUGGCCAAUGAUACGGAAUACAUAUUUUACGGUGACCUCGACGAGAUUUUUAUUCCAGACAGACACCUUGGUUUAAAUAAAAGUACCCUCCCGACUUGGUUCGACGUUAUAUCGGCUGUCACCGGCGAUUAUGGUCCAUCGCAUCCGACGUUAUGUUUUCCGAGCAGGUUUUUUCCACCCAUGUUGGAGAUCACUUCUAAUAAUGAAAACAUAUUUGCUCGAACUAUAGCCACCGUGGAUACCUACCCGGAACGAAGGAAGUGUUUAGUCAGGACGCAGGAUGUCGAGGAGGUUUAUGUACAUUGGCCAGUGAAGCCCAGCGUGAUGCGGCUAGCCGAAAGCUUAGGUGUUAUUUUCCACUACAGAACCUGUCUCCGUAAAGGGUAUAUUCCCUGUGAGCUUUCAACCAAAUACUCCGUGAACACUCAAUUACAGCCUUACCGAGAUGCUGUUAGACGAUCGGUGGAGUUUCGGCUGACAAGUUUAUAAAACAUUUUGAGUAGAUGAUACGUUUAUGUACUUCUAUAUUAUGCGCGAGAGCCGCGACGAUAUUACAAGUAAAUUCUUGUCACUGCACCGGAGCCAUCGCCAUAUCACCACAAAUCGGAUUUAUUCAUCAUGUUGCAAAACACUCCAUAGCAAUUAUGACCUUGAGAGCAAAACGUUAGUUAUAUAUUAUUGUCCGCUGCAUCACUGUUAAAAUGACACGCAAUUCUUUUC